AUAUCAAGUUUGGUUCCAGCUUUGAUCGUGCGAUAUGGGAAAGUUAUUGAUUCUUCUGGCCUUAGGCCUUACUACAGCUGAUAAACUGGACAGGACAUACCUUCCACCACCAGACGCCCAGUACUCUGGUGGAAACCCUGAAGAACUACAGGUACCACUAGAAUUGCCAAAAAAAGAAUCGGAAAUAACUUCUAUAAUCCCGACAGUUACUCCAGAUAAUGAUUUAAUAAGAUCUGGUUAUUAUAUUGGAAGUACUUUUGGACCAAAUGCUCGAAAAAAUAUUGAUACCGACCAAAAUUAUGAUAACUUUUUGGCGAAGUCACCGAUAUUAAGUACAUCUACUGGUCUCAGCCAGAAGCCUGGGUUAAACAAUCAAUACUUUGCUGCAUAUGGCCAAUCCAAGUACACCGUACCUAAGAAAAUAAUUGAAUUAAGAAAAUAUAUAGAUCAGAAUCCAGAAGGACCUAUUAUAUUGAACCCUAAAACAACAAAUACUUAUAACCAAAUCAACUACAAGUAUGGACAAAAUAAUCCUCUUUUCAAUAGUCAAGAAAUGAUUGUAAACAUUCCAGACUACAAUGCGAAAAACUUGAUACCUAUCAUGAACAACCCAUCAAAUGGAAAUGUGCGCCCGGGCCAAUAUGCUCCAAAUACUAAGAUUAUGGAUAAUGAUUCAAACUCUGAUAUAAAUCAAGGACAAAACAAGCCUAAUUCAAUGGUUCCAAAAUCGACUUUAAAAUCUAAACCAGACAAUGUCGAACUUAGGUCCUCAGUUUUCUCUAAAAAAAUUACACCACUAGCUUCCACCACCAGAAUUACUCCAAGCAGAAUAGAAGUUCAUCCACGAAGGCCUCAUGCAGAAUUGGACGCGAAUGCGGUUACACUUAACUACCACAAUGUAAUAACUCCUGAUGGUUUUUCCUACAGUUAUGACACUUCUAAUGGUAUAAGUGCUAAUGAGAGUGGAACAGCAAAUAAUGGUGUGAGAGCCCAGGGAGCCUAUUCAUACACAGGGGAUGAUGGGAAAGUAUACAGGGUAGUAUAUACUGCUGACGAAAAUGGUUUCCAGCCUCGUGGUGACCAUCUUCCGCUCUUACCAGUAGCUAUACAGCGGCUCAUAGAAAAAGCAGCGAGGGAGCAAGAAGCUGGUAUUACAGAUGACGGUUCUUAUGACGAAACAAAAUACGGACACAAGAAAUAUCAAGGAGUAAUGGACCGAUACCAUCCAGAAUUUCAAGGCCUCACUAACAAUCGCUGGAAUAAAUUUGGAGGUUAUUCAAGAAAAUCAUUCAAGGGUGAAAACAAUGGUAAACCAAUAGUAACGUCUACAAAAACCUCUAGAAAAGAAUAUAAUAACAAUAAACAAAGGGAAAAUCAAGAUGAAAGUAAUAUUUCUACUCAAGAUAAUAGAGUAAUGGGUCCCUCGAAUAACGACAAUGAAAGUUAUAAACCAUCAGAUAUGACUUUCGCUAAAUUUGUAGUUCCACUAAAAGUUAUUGGGGAGGCCAUGGAUAGCAAAGUGCGACCUGUUUUUCCCGAUGAAUCUCAAAAUAGGGAGAAUCUAGUAAAAGAUAAUGUAACUCAAACAUCAUUACAAGCAUCCCCUAUAAGACAGGGUGAUAGGUCUCAAUCUGGACCUAUUAAUUUUGUUAAAAUACCAGCAAAAUAUAGUCCUAAGCAAACAUCAGCUCUUAAUAAAAACAUUCCUGAAAUAAUAGCCAAUUCAAAUGCUUAUACGGAAAAAGAGCAAGGAAUCAUAGGUAAUAAACAAGAUGGAUAUUUUUACAAUAAACCUCAGAACAAAUUUAUUGAGAACGCAAAUAAAGAAACAGUUCCGUUUAAUACUGACCAUGAGUUGGAAAUUGGUGAUGACGUUAUUAUCACAGUAAGUGUUCCUGUACCGAGUACUACUAUUCGCCCAGAUGACAAGUCGUCCAAAACUGAACAGUAUGAAAAGGUUACAUCGCCAAAUGUUGUCAACACCUAUUAAGAAUUCAAACCAGAAUUAUCUGUGAUUCCAAUUUAUACCGUAGAUUCAAUAACGCCUUUGUCAUCAGAUGUCAAUAUUCAAGCAAAUCAGCCUAGUUUUGAUUCGAAAGGCGAAUUUGGAACAAUUGUCAACCCUGUCAGAGUAGGGUCCAGUAUUGGACAAUACUCGGAUAAUUUUCAAGAGCCUCACUAUCAAAUAGUUCAGGGUUUUAAAGCCGGUCUAAAAACCCUAGAAGGCGGAUACGGAACACUGAUCGACGGAUAUAUCUAUGGUACAACUUCUCGAGAAUUUGGUGGACAGAAUCAAAAUACAAAUCCAAAAAUUUUAGAUAUUGCUUAUACUAAGAACUUGGCAAAAGGUGACGAUAGCAAGGAAUCUAAAGGAGGAGACAGUCAAUCAGCCUAUUCUGGUCCCUUGAAGGAAAAUAAUCAGUUUGAGAAGAUAUUAGCACCAACAUCAAAUAGAAUAAUUGGCGAAGAUUUCAGUGGACCACCACGACCGCAAAGUUUCGACUCUAAAUCCGGCUACCAUUACUAAUACAUUGUCUUCUAUAAAUACAAUCCUAAUUUAGG